ACAAUUGAUGAUUCACAUAAUCCAUUUGGAGAUUAUACUGACAUAGUAAAAAAAAAAGAGGAAGAACUUGCUCAAAAACAACUUAAAAAAUUCUCAGCAAAACAAGAACAAUACAAUAAGGAUAAUGAGCUUUGGGAAACAAAUCGAAUGCUUACUAGUGGUGUUGCACAAAGAAGUACAUCUCGAGUUCAUUUACUUGUACAUGAUAUAAAACCACCAUUUCUUGAUGGUCGUAUGGUUUUUACUAAACAGUUGGAGGCUGUACAAUCUGUAAAAGAUCCCACUUCUGAUUUAUCAGUAUUUGCUAGAAAAGGAAGUAGGCUAGUAAAAGAUAAAAGAGAUCAAAUUGAGCGUCAAAAG